AUGGUAAAGAUGACAAAAUCCAAAACCUUCCAAGCAUAUCUGCCAAACUGCCAUCGUACAUACAGCUGUAUCCACUGCAGGGCUCAUCUGGCCAACCACGACGAGCUCAUCUCCAAGUCUUUCCAGGGAAGUCAAGGACGAGCUUACCUCUUCAAUUCUGUGGUGAACGUGGGCUGUGGCCCUGCCGAGGAGCGCGUCCUGCUCACCGGCUUACAUGCUGUCGCAGAUAUCUACUGUGAGAACUGCAAAACCACUCUGGGCUGGAAAUAUGAACAUGCCUUUGAGAGCAGUCAGAAAUACAAGGAAGGAAAGUUUAUCAUUGAGCUUGCCCACAUGGUCAAAGACAAUGGCUGGGAAUAG